AGCGGAAUCACGGCCCGGGCCUUGCUCGACAGUUUACCCGAGGCAACGAUAUUGCACCUCGCAUGCCACGGCUACCAGGAUCCAGUCAAUCCGCUCAAAAGUGGGUUCGUGAUGCGGGACGAGAUGCUCACGAUCGAGAGGUUGAUGCUGACACCGCUUCCGCACGCAUUCAUGGCGUUCUUGAGCGCCUGUGAGACCGCCAAAGGAGAUAAGAACCAACCGGACCAAACCGUCCACCUUGCUGCCACCAUGUUGUUCGCGGGUUUCAAGAGCGUGAUUGCAACGCUCUGGUCUAUGGAAGAUGUCGACGGCCCAGCAAUCGCGCACUCAGUAUACAAGAGUGUAUUCGGCGGCGAUUCGGAGGCCCUCGACCCGGACGACAUCCCUUACGCGCUCGAUGCGGCUGUGCAGCAGCUACGCCGAGAGCAUCCCGACCCUAGUCGAUGGGCGCCGUACAUCCAUUUGGGGAUCUGA